GCAAGACAGGCUUCCUGGUGUGCGUCUUCUGCUCAAGUGUUCCACUCCGCUCUGGUUUGCAAUUUACAACUUUGCCAAAACACAAAGAGCAGCGAUACAUUUGUAAAGAAGUUGUGUAAUUGUGACCAUUUUUUGGACCUCACCGACCAAUGUGGCUUCUUGGAUCAACUUCCCAAGUGAUGAUGAUGAUGGAUGAGCGCCUGUCUCCCUCCGCACGCUGCGUCCAGAGCCCGGGGGACAAUCCGUCCACAGUCCACAGCAUAGAGGCGAUUCUGGGAUUUAAAGAGGACACCAUCUUCCACAAAUCGGCCUGCUACAGCAUGACAGAGAAAGCCCUGGGCAAAGAUGCUGAACGGAAUGUAAUGAUGACCCCUCUAAAAAAAGGCCACUCCUCGGAAAGUUUUGACAGUGUUUGUUGCGCAAACGGUGCCGUCGAAGCUUCGGUCUGCCCGGACUCCCCGGACGGGGACGGCAAACUGUCCGACGAUGAAAACCCGAAGAAGAAACACCGUCGGAACCGGACAACGUUCACCACCUUCCAGCUUCACGAACUGGAGAGAGCUUUCGAAAAGUCCCACUACCCGGACGUGUACAGCAGAGAGGAGCUGGCGCUGAAGGUCAACCUGCCAGAGGUCCGAGUGCAGGUUUGGUUUCAAAACCGGCGGGCAAAGUGGCGUCGGCAGGAGAAGCUGGAGGUGAGCUCCAUCAAGCUCCAGGACACCUCUUCCUCCUUGCUCUCCUUCAGCCGCUCUCCCACCAGCUCCCUGUGCUCCAGUCUGCAGCUGGACCCCUGGCUUUCCACCCCGAUCACCACCUCCACCUCCCUGCAGUCCCUCCCGGGCUUCAUCACAGGCUCGCAAGGCCUCCCAUGCACUUACACCCCUUCUCCUCCGCCUUCCAUGUCGGCCUCCUUCCUCAACUCCCCUGCCCUGGGACACAGCCCUCACCUGCCCCACAUGGGCUCCAUGUGCCCUCCGCCCCCCGCGUACCACUGCUCAGCUGACCCAAGGAACUCUAGUAUUGCCUCACUGAGGAUGAAGGCCAAGGAACAUAUUCAGUCUAUUGGGAAGACGUGGUGAUGCCGAGUGGAGGUUAAAAAUGGACAAUUGAAACCCAGAAUGCAUCGUCCUGCAUCUUUUGAGAAGCAGACUUCAUCGUCAUGCAGACGGGAUUGUUAUUUUGAAAGAGUGAAAUCUACAGUCGACAUCCAGGAUAAAGAGACAUCGUCGUCACUUAUAAGGGUAACCCUUUUCCUCUCCCAUUAAGUAGAACAUAAGCAGUAUGUGAACAUUGAAUAAAUGGUUUAUGACACACUAUAAUGAAGUAGAUGUAAGUGUUUGUAAGAGGCGGAGGUAGUAAGAGAUAAUAAAUAACAUGAUAGUGCGUUGUUGUAAUAUGUCUUCAUAGGAGAAGUUCUAAUUGACAAAGACUGUACAUUAAUUAACACUUCAAAAAUAUCCUAAGAUGCUCACGGCUUCAUUAUAAAGUGUUAGAAACCAUUUGUUAAAAGUUUGUAGUGCUUAUAAAUGCAAAACAAAGGGACUUAAAGUAAAGUGUCACCCUUAUAAGCAUCGAUCUAAAUCUGUGACACUAACUGUGAAAUUCCUGUGAAAAUAUGAAAUGAAUGAACACUGAUGAUCUGGUGUUUUUCUUUAUCUUUGCUGAAAGUUGCGCUUACUGUUAAGUUUUACAUUUGUUCAACCUGGUAUCGUUCUUAUCCAGUGUUCUGUUGCCAAUACAACGAGUCCAUU